UCAUCCAGUCGCAAUAACCAGCCUUCUUUUGCUGCGUACAUGGCGACCAAGGUCUGUCGAUCCUUUUUGCUUCUUCUUGUUCGGCUACCCCAAACAUCGUUCCCAUUCAGUCGUCUUUCCGUCGAUCAUAACCCUCUUCCAACCUCCACCUUCCUUUCCCGCUAAUCCUGCCCGCCAUGGUCGCACUUCGCCCAACGGCCACCCGCAAUAUGUGGGUCCUCAUCUUCCUGUUGUCCGUGCUAUUGUUUUUUGCACCCAGCAUGGCUUUUGCGCAGGAGGACGACUCAACUGAUCCCUCAGACACACCAUCACCAGAAGCCUCACCAUUACCAGAACCCGCAGUCGCUCCUGAACCAUUUACUCCCUCGCUUGCUGCCUCUUCGAGAUCGUUCAGUAUUUCAAAUUCGACUGCCACUCCAGCACCUACUCCAGCACCUGCUUCUGCAUCUAAUCCAGCACCAGCACCAUCAAUCACUACGACACCCAACCCCAUCUUCUCCACCUCAGAUGCUUGCGUGGCAUGUCAGAAGGAAUACUAUACGGUUCAAAACUGCUCCUCCCACCUCCCUCCAACCGGUGUCAACCUGACUAUGAUUGUCCAACUCUUGCCGUUUUACGGUUGCUUCUGUCAGAACAACUAUGUCGAGAUCGACGCACUACAGCAGUGUAGUACCUGCUUCCGAUCCACAAGGCAGCUGUCAUAUUUGAGGCCUCAGUUCUACAAUGUCACAAACCAAGGGGUUAAGGCCUUCAAGAUGGUCUGCCACGAGACUGCCAAUGGUACACGGGUAUCGAGUAAAGCUGGAAGUGGCAUGUGGGAUCAUCUCAUGCAGUCUGCGAGUUUGAUGGUAGCUUCCACCGUGUUGACUGUUCUGCUGUUCUUUAGCAGGCUAUAAUCGCUCAACACUCUCAUUUCAUACACCAACGCUCAUCAAACUACACAAUACAAGCAUUUAUGAUAGACAUGAGUCUGAAGUGUAGUUUGCUCAGUAUAA